AUGAACACCCCGAAAAAACUCGAAGACGGGAAUCUUUCCGAAGGCACGGAUUCCACUGACUUGGACGUUUCGUUUCAAGUAUCCAUGCGGACGGAUAAUGGUCUGCGAACAAAGCAACAGCAACAGCAACAGCAAGAAGCUACUGUUACCAUUGCUAGCACAGCCGAAGAAUCCAAGGAAAACAACAACAACGACGAGGAGGACGAGGACGAGGUUAGCCCUGCUAGCGGGACCUUCUCCUACGAACAUGUCACUGAGAUCUUCCUUAGGGAACGGUGCAUGAGCGUCUACACCGAUCCGAAGACUGCCAAGAAAUCCUGUUUUGUGGAGGAUCUACAAACGCUCUUUGAUGCCGGUGAGCUCCAAGAGACAUUUGAAGAAGAAGCUGCUGCUAAUGCCGAUGCCUCCAAGGCUUCUUCCAAUACCUCGACCAAGACCUGCUCCUUUGGUGGAGUUGAGAUCCGAGAAUACCGAAUCAUUCCUGGUGACAGUCCCGCUGGAUUCAAGGGACCUCCGCUCACCAUGGGCUGGACUCCAGUCUCGGCCAUGCACGUCUCUGAUGUCGAAAAGUUCGAAUCCGUACGCAUCGAACAUCGUCGGACAGAACUUUACAUGUCAGCCACUCAGCGAGUUGAAAUUCUAACCAAUCAAGGCUUUGGAUCCAGCGAAAUCCAAAAGUGCACCAAGGAUGCCAACCUGGCAAGACGUCAACGCAAGGAAAGCACGUCGACUCUCAAGCAUCAAGAUGCCUUGGAGAAGAUUGAAUCCCUGCGACGAAAGACGUUGCAUGUUUUGACCUUUGGACAGCACAACAAGGCCCAGAAGGAAUACCUUAAAAAGUAUGUUCCCAUUCAUGGUGUCGCCCCCAAUCACGUCACUGCGCAAUUGGCGUAG